GAAUCUACACAAAUCUAUGCUCUUGCUAGGUAUCUGUCAAGUGUCAGCUGGUGUCAGAGCCAGCAGAAUUGAUAGUUAAACAAUGAAAAUUUGACAUUAAUUUUCUUUAAUUUCUGAUUACGAAAAUAAAAUGUCUGCCAGCUACUAUUUUGUCAUUGUGGGAACUGAAGACAAUCCUCUCUUUGAAAUUGAAUUCAGUGGAUCCAGUAAAGAUGCAAAGAAAGAAGAUCAUGCACACCUCAAUCAAUUCGUAGCUCACGCUGCCCUCGAUCUGGUAGACGAUCAAAAGUGGAAAUCUCCAAAUAUGCACUUAAAAGUUAUUGACAAGUUUAAUCAAUGGUUUGUAAGUGCAUUUGUCACUGCCACGCAAAUUAGAUUCCUCAUGGUACACGAUACGAAGAAUGAAGAUGGGAUUAAAAACUUUUUUAAUGAGAUGUACGAGACUUACAUAAAGUAUUCAAUGAAUCCAUUCUACAAGAUAAACUCUCCCAUAAACUCAACAGGAUUCGAAAAGAAAGCUCAGUUAUAUGGCAGAAAAUACCUGACAUCAUAAGUUAACAUAAUUUAUAAUAACCUGUACAAAUUAAAUAAAUAAUAAAAUAUUAAA